AGGACCAAAUCCUUGUGAAGUUGUGUUAUCGAGUUGGAGUAACUUUCAAUCAGAAGGCGUAACCGCCGAAACAAGAGAAAACACACUUGCAACUUGGAGAGAGAAAGCAAGACAAAGCUAGAGGGAGAAAGAGAGGGGAGAAAGAGAGGGAGGCGAAAUGAACGGAAAAGGGAUUCUAAAAAAACCCAAAACAGAAGUUGAAUCCGAUGGUGAACCAGACAUCAAAAUUGAAAAACCUAAUAAAAAUAUUUCUACAAGUGGUGAUGAUGAUAAUAAUAAUGAUGCUAGUACUAGUAAUUAUGAAGAACAAGAAGAAGCCCUUGUUGCUCUUAUUGAACAUCGCUCUAAAGAAGUUCAACAUCUUACUAAUCGCAUCUCUUAUUACCAAACCGAGCUUAAACAAGCACAGGAGAGGUUAAAUGAUACAGAGGCCAAACUAGUUAAUAUUCGGCGCAAAAUAAAUGACAAGUGGAAUAAUCAUUUGCCUGGUUCCAAGAAGGAGGUGAAAACAGAGCAUAAAUCUACUAGUUCUGUGGAUGGCAAAUCCGCUCAGCGCCAGCCACAAUCUAAACCACAACUUUUGAUAUCAAAGGUAAGUCAAAAACCUUCCCGACCAAUGACUUUGAGUGAAUCAGGUUCAAAAGCUUCACCUAGUCGCUACAAUAGUCCCAUGAAGGCAAGAGGAGAUAGAUCUAAUGAAACUCCAGCAAGAUCAGCAUUGGAAGAGACUAAGUCUCAGACUGUUGGAGCAAAGAGGAAGCUUGAGUCCAAAGAACAUAUAGAAUUGAUACCCAAAGUACGUAGCUCUUCAUCACCGUCGUUGAUUCACUGCCAUUCAAGUUCCCAUAUCUCUAGUCAGCAUAAAAGGAAGCUCAGAAGUCUAUCUAUAUGUCCUGCAACAGAUAAGCUAUUUAUUACGAGUGCUUUGGAUGGGAUGGUCCACUUAUGGCAGAUCCAGGCAAAAGGAUCAGGGGCAACUCUUUUGCACUCUACAGAAUGCCUGUCACCAAAACAGAGGAGAUGGCCUGAAGAUAUAGCUUGGCAUCCGGAAGGUAAUAGGCUAUUUGCUGUAUAUACUGCUGAUGGUGGGGAUAAUCAGAUAUCAGUGCUUAAUUUAAACAAAAGUCAGAGUACUCGUGUCUCUUUUAUUGCUGAGAAACCGCAUGUCAAGGGUAUCAUCAACAACAUUUCAUUCAUGCCUUGGGAUGAUACUUGUUUUGCGACUGGUGGAAGCGAUCAUGCUGUCGUAUUAUGGAAUGAAAAAAGUGAAGGUGAUGUAUGGAAACCCAAGAAAUUGCACAGUGAUCAGCAUACGUCUGCAGUCAUGGGAGUUGCUGGAAUGCAACACAAGCAUAUGAUAGUGUCUGCUGGCUCUGAUAAGCGAAUAAUUGGAUAUGAUGUUCUUGCUGGAAGAGCAGAUUAUAAAAAUCUUAUAGAAAGCAAAUGCAUGAGUGUUCUUCCGAAUCCAUGUGACUUCCACCUUUUUAUGGUUCAGACAGGGACCGCUGAAAAGCAACUUCGACUAUGUGAUAUUAGGUUGAGGCAUUCAGAACUUCAUGCAUUCGGGUGGAAGCAAGAAAGUAGCGAUUCUCAAUCGGCUUUGAUUAAUCAGGCGUGGUCUCCAGACGGGUUGUAUCUCACUUCAGGUUCAGCAGAUCCUAUGAUCCAUGUUUUUGAUAUCAGAUACAACGCUCACAAGCCUUCUCAGUCUAUAAGAGCUCAUCAUAAACGGGUUUUCAAAGCCGAGUGGCACCCGUCCCUUCCGCUUUUAAUCUCCAUAUCCUCUGAUUUGAACAUCGGACUCCACAAAAUUUGAUGACGUCUCUAUAUUCUACCUUCCGCUCCAAUUUUGUUCGCCCUUUUUUUCUGGAUUUGUGUUUGUUAUCGUUUUUUGGGCGGAGCAGGGAGAGCGACUUUUGGACUCGUUUCUUUGGAUUACACAUAAUUUUGUUGUAGAAAAUAGCAUCUGUAGAAAUUAGUGCAGGAAGAAUUUUCUUGGGGUGGUAGAUAAAACUUUUGCCUCCUGUUAUACAAACAUGAUUUUAUAUCUUCAAGAAUUGAUUAAACAAUCCA